GGUCCCAAAGCAUCCCCACAUCCUCCACUUCUUGUUCCAUUUUCCCCAACUCAAUCUCAAUAUUCCUGAAACUCCCCACCGUCACCCCAUUUUCCAUCUUCUAUAUAUAUAACUACAUAACCAAGACUUGCCACCAUACAUUAAUAUAUAUCUUCACCACAACAAAUGUCUAGUCUUAGACCAAGAUCCGUAGCCACCAAGCAACCAUCCUUAAAAGAAACAAACAACGACGCCCCAACCCCCUCCGCUAUUGAUACCGACUCCGAUUCCUCAAAAGCCCCACCACAACGCCAGCCCUCUGUGCAACAGCGGGCAACGCAAACCCUGACAAGCACAGCCGCCAACCUAGCCAACCUCCUUCCCACUGGGACCCUCCUCGCCUUCCAAAUCCUCACCCCAAUCUUCACGAACAACGGUGCUUGUGACUCUGCCACGCGCUACAUGACACUCGUCCUCCUUGUCCUCCUUGCCCUGUCAUGUUUCCUGGCAUCAUUCACCGACAGUAUCAAGGCCUCGGAUGGACGAGUCUACUAUGGCUUCACCACCUUCAAAGGGUUGUGGCUGUUUGAUUACCCGGACGCUUCGGGCGCAGGCCUGCCGGAUUUGAGCAAGUUUAGAAUAAGGGCGAUUGAUGGGAUUCAUGCGGUUUUAUCUGUGCUGGUGUUUGGUGCUGUGGCUAUGAGGGAUAGGAAUGUUUUUCAAUGCCUUUAUCCACAGCCCGGGCAGCAGACUCAGGAGGUUUGGAACAUUGUUCCAGUUGGGGUUGGGUUCAUUUGCAGUCUCUUGUUUGUGGUUUUCCCCACUUCGAGACAUGGUAUUGGUUACCCUGUAACACCAGGCAAUUAAAAUAUUAAUAGAUCUCCAUUUAAUUUUA